AUGGAAACAAGCCCUGAAACUGAUGGGCUUCAACUUCAGAUCCCGUCAGAAACUAGAAGACGGGGUUCUGUUUUCUUGGAUAUUAUCUGUACUCCUUUUUCUAAGACACGUAAUUUCUGCAAGACUUACCGUGAGGUGUUGAAGAACAUUUUCUUGGUUAUCCUUGGUGCAGCAUACCUAGCUUACCUCAUUGCAUCAUGCUGGCUGAACUUUCAGCGAGCCUUAGCUUUGGUUAUAUUUACUUGUGCUGCGGUUGUGGUGAUGGUUUUUACCCUGGUAAAGAAUUGGUGGGGCGCCAAGAUUGUCCUGUUACUGAGUCCUGUUACAAAGCCCCUUCAGAAUGCUUGGCCAUGGUUGAAAUGGGUACUUUGCCUAUCUGUUUUAAUUGGUCUAAUUACCUGGAUGGUUUUUGAAGCGUCCCAAAGAAAAGAGCAGCUAGUCUCUUUGGGUGGCUACUGUGUGCUCAUAGGGCUGCUUUUUGCCUGCUCCAAACACCAUCGUCAUGUGUCCUGGAGAACUGUGUUUUGGGGGCUUGCUCUGCAGUUUCUCCUUGGCGUCUUGAUCAUCCGGACAGAACCUGGAUUUCAAACUUUCCAGAUUAUUGGUGCUCAAGUCCAGACAUUCCUGGACUUUACCAUAGCUGGCUCCAGUUUCGUCUUUGGGGACAAACUGAUCAAAGAAUCCUUUGCUUUUCUGGCUCUGCCCAUCAUUGUCUUCUUCAGUUCUGUGAUAUCUGUCCUCUACUACCUGGGAAUUAUACAGUGGGUAAUUACCAAGAUCUCUUGGCUGCUUCAAAUUACAAUGAACACAACAAUCGCAGAGUCGCUGAGUGUGGCAGGGAACAUAUUUCUAGGAAUGACAGAGGCACUGAUGUUGAUUCACCCCUACCUGGCAGAACUGACAGGCUCAGAAAUCCAUGCUAUAAUGACUGGAGGCUUCGCCACCAUUGCUGGCAGUGUAUUGGGAGCCUAUGUUUCAUUUGGGAUUGAUGCAUCCUCCUUGGUUGCAGCUUCAGUUAUGGCAGCACCAUGUGCGCUGGCUAUGGCGAAACUCGUGUACCCAGAAGUAGAAGAAUCAAAGUUCCGAAAUGCAGAGAAUAUCAAUAUUUCCUGUGGGGAAGCACAGAACCUUCUAGAAGCUGCCAGCACUGGUGCUGCCAUGUCCGUGGAGGUGAUUGCUAGUAUUGCAGCCAACCUUAUAGCUUUCCUGGCUAUGUUAGCCUUCGUCAACUCUGCACUUGCUUGGCUGGGUGAGCUGGUUAACAUACCGGAACUCUCCUUCCAGUUGAUCUGCUCCUAUGUUUUGAUGCCGGGAGCAUUCUUGUUAGGGGCAAGCUGGGAUGAUGCACCUGUGGUAGCUGAACUGCUGGGAAUGAAGCUCUUCUUAAAUGAGUUUGUGGCCUAUCAGUAUCUGUCAAGCAUGAGGAAAAAGCGGUUGGAUGGAAAGCCUGAGUGGGGCAAAACAAGAAAACAGUGGAUUUCAGUGAGAUCUGAAACCAUCAUAACGUUUGCUCUUUGUGGCUUUGCAAAUCUGGGCUCCACUGGAAUCAUGCUAGGAGUACUGUCAUCCCUGGUACCAGAGCGGAAGAGUGAGUUCUCUCGCAUCAUCAUGCGGGCUUUGUUCACUGGAUUCUCUGUCUCUUUGGUCAACUCAUGCAUUGCAGGUAUCCUAUAUAUGCCUAGAGGAGAAGUCACUGACUGCCCAAAAUUCUUCAGUACAACCAUUCUCAACACUACCAGCUACAAUAUCUAUCGUUGCUGCAAACAAUUGUUUGCCAGCACUGUGGCUGGUUCCGGUGGAUCAUUUUCGUUUACUGGCGAUUGGAGCAACGUCAAUUCUCAGGAUUACUUAAAGAAAUGCUGUAAACACUAUGUGGACAAGGUUUGUGGCAAUGUGUGA